AAAUCCCGUUUCCCGCAUAUGCUCUUUACUUAUUUGGGAUUUCUUUUUAUUAUCAUUAUUAUUUUAUAAGAGAGGGAAGGAAGGAACACCUUGCGUUUCAUUUUUUUUUCUUUUUCAGUUUCUUUUCUGUCCGUCUUUGACUUCUUAACAUUUUAUUAAAUGGAGUAGUGACUUUGCAGACCUCGAGUUAGGAGUUAACCGAGCGUGUGGCGAAGACCAUAAUUUUUUUCGCGCCGUUUGAGUUUCUUUUGUUCCCUCCUGUGUGUCCGUCCAGGAGUUCUGAAUAUGAGAUAUGUUCUUUUAGAGACUUUAGUUUCGGUUCGUGUUACAGUGAACAGGUGGUGAGCUUGUUCUUGCGGUUGUUCCUGGCAAAGUGAAACAAUGGAUAUUUCUUAAUUACUCAGUGUUUGGAUAUUUUUGAUGGAACGCUUUUCGAUAUUUAAUGCCUGGAAAUAUGUUUUAAUAUUUUAAUAUUCCUGAUUUAUCAAAUGUGAAAAUUUUUGUGGCCUUCUUCAGCAAGGCAAUCAACACAAUCUGAAAAUUCCUGAAAAUAAUUCCCACUGGAACUAUUUUGGAUACUUUUUGUGUGAAGACAAUUGUGCUAUAUUUUAAUAUUCCUGAUUCAUCAAGUAUAAAAAUUUGGUGGACAUUUGAAGUAAGAUUUCACUAAAAUUAUAAAACGAAUUCUUAUACAUUCACAUUUAAAUUGGAUAUAUUUUUAUUUAAAAAGUCAUCGAAUUAGUUCGAAUUUUCACUAUUUGAAGCACAAAGAGUUUAUUUUAUACAGAAAUAAUUUUCCUAAAAAUUUUAUUUAUGAAUUUGGAUUUAUUUGGAAUACGGUAAAUCAAUAUUGAAAAAAUAUAAGCAUCAUUCCGAUAAACAUGCUUUCAUUUCUUGCAAGUCUUUUUAAUACUUUUCAUAUGAAGUAUCCAUCAUUACUUGAAAAACUUCUAUUUGUACUGUUUUUGAUCUGAAAAUCUCCUGUAGAGACAUAUACCAUACAGAUGUUUAUAUCCUUAUAAAUAAAGAUCGGUCAGAUAAAUUUAUGCAAAAAAUAAGCAAUACGAAUAUACAAAGUGGAUUUUUGAAGUAACCAUCGAUUUGAAAUGUUAAGAAAUUUUCUAUUUUGUUGAUAUUCAAAUGGAAAAUACUGAGAAUAUUUAAAAUCAGUGCAACAGAAAUAAAAAAAAUUCCGAUUCAUCAAGUAUCUCUCCUGAAACUUUAAUCAUCAUAUCAAAGCUGAAAUUAAUUGAACAAUUUCACUUUGUGGCUUUGUGUAAAACAAAGUUUGCUUUCCAAAACCAAAGUUGCUGACUUUGGAUUUCUUGAGAAAAUUCAUUUAUGAAUGCCAAUGCGCAAUUUUGAAAUUUUAUGAGAAAGUACAACAAUUUGUGGUAAUGAGUCAUACGAAAAUGCAGUGGAUAACUUUAUUAUCGGCUGCUGUCAUAACAUUUCUGGUACUGCUGGGUACAGCUCAAGGGCAGAGUUGUGGACCCCGUGUCAGUGCUCGUCUAUUAGCUGAAAUUCCGUGCGAUAUGAGUAAAUCGAGUUACUGCAGUGCUCCUGGAAGUGCAUAUCCAUGGAGUUCAGUGAAACGCUACAUCAACGAUAAUCAAGGACUUGUUCGUCGCAUGUAUGGCGAUGAAAAACACAGCUCCGUUCUACUCAACGAAAUCGACGGUUUCAAACAACGGUUUGACAUGCUGCGAAAUACGUACGACGGCUUCCGUAGCAGAACAGUGUAUGGUCGUUCCGCAAGAGGCCACAAAACAAAUCGUCGUCAACCAAGACCCCAGAUCUUCCCAGACGAUCUCGAAUUACGACAAGAAGUCAGCAGUGCCAUUCCAGAAGAACCUGCAACUAUAUUCCGAGUCGUCACAGAAACAUCCAUCAAAGUUGGUGAGGCCAUCACCAAAUCUAUGUCAACCCAAGAAACCACUGUGUCCUACGAGCAAGCAUCAGAAUUCGACAGCUACACCACAUCUUUCCCAACUACAAGAGAACCAACAACUCAGACCACAACAGAAGACACCGUGGCUACAACCACCGCAUCUGAAACCACCCAGUAUCCCACCACACCACCAACAACAGAGACGGUACCUAAUACAGAAACGAAUGCACCAACCACCACCACGUCUGAAGCCACGACGUUCCAAACCUCAACUCACGUCAAAGAAGACAUUCCAUUAGCUAUGCAGCGUGUCGGUUACGAAGAGUUCGACGAUGAAUACGAAUAUGAACCUAGACGCAAAGUGGAUCCAUCUGUUAUGCAGAACAGCGUGGAGGAGAAAAUAAGGUACAAAGAAGAAUUCGAAUCGGACGUCAAGAGAACAGAUCCUUUCAAAGCUGCAGCCGCCAGACCACCAAUCGAUGAACUUAUUGCAGAAGAGUCGGUGGAGGAAGUUCGUGAAGAGAAUACAGCUGCCACUGAAGAAGCGGAAGACACCACUGAAGAAGUGCCUAGACGAGGAAUAAAUGCGUGCCCCGUGAAGAAUGAAGUAAUAGCUCCUUACUGGGCCAAUAACACACGAGGUGAAACGCUGGCACUUUUGAACGUUCAUCCAUUUGAACAAUACGUUCAUUUCGAAAAAUGCGCGUUUGAGAAUCACCAGAUGCUUUGCAGAGAAGGUUGCAGGUGCGAACAGCAAUAUCGCUUGCAUCGGCUGCUUGCCUUUGAUCCAAAAAAUGAAUGCCGAGGAAUUUUCUCCGAUUGGUUCCGCUUUCCUUCUUGCUGUGUGUGUAUUUGCUACGACUUAACGCCAGACAUGCCACGAUCCAGGAGAAAAGGAAGGAUAGAACGUUAAUCGCAACCAGUUUUCAUUCCAGAUUUCAAAGAAAAUAAAAUAGCAACACUCUUGGGCCUCAAUCACAAAUUUCUAAGAAUUUUUCGCUUUACAAUUCUUGACAAACCAGGUCUAGGAGACCAAUGAGAUUUCAUUAGAGAUUUUUAAGAGAACUGUGUCCUGUGAAAUCUUAACCAUCAUUAGAAAAGAUUUUUAUCAUAAAUAUUUAGUAAAGAUUGUGACAAUUCUGGAUUAGAAUCGCAUGAGGAUUCCCAUUUCAGAUUUCUGUGUGAAUUAUGAUGUGACAAACCUAAAUUAAAAAGAUUUUUAAGUACACGUCUAAAUACUAUUAGAUUGAUAUUAUAAGAUUCUACUAAAUAUUUCUGCAAUCGCCUGUAUAUUAACAAACUUUAUUACGAAUCGCAAGAUCCCAUUUUAAAUUUUUUUAAUAUGAAAUCUUUCCCAGGCAAGUCUAAAUUAAUUACGAAAUUUUUUUACAGACUAGAUUGUGAUAAAUCCACAAUUUUAUAUCAUUAGAAAAAGCCUUAAAUUUCUAAAAGUACUUCAUAUUUUAAACUAUUUAAAAACCAUAAAAUCCUUUUUGAAUUUCUUUGAAAAUUAAAGUUUAGCAAACUUUUUAAAAUUACAAGAUUCCACCUCAGUAUUUUAUUAUAAAUCUUAAACCGGUUAGUCAAAUAAGAUCUAAAUUACAACAGAAUAUAUUAAUAUUUCUGAAAUCAUUUAAUUGUGACAAGCCUGGACUAAGACUGAACCAUAAAUGCAAAAGAUUACAAAACUGAUUUCUACUUGAAAAUGAGUCUAAACAAUCUAUCUUUGGAUCUUCAUAAAUCUAAAUCAAGAUUGGAACUUUUACUUUUACUAGAUGUCUUACCAAACAUCCCAAGGUCUUUAUUUUGGACACCUAUCAAAAGAUCCUUGACAGAAUCUAUCCAGGAGAAUCUUAAUAUUCCUUGGUGUUGACACAACCACAUCUUGAAGUUUAUUUGGAUAGUAAAUGUCAAGGGAAUGUAUGAAGUCGGAAUGAUUAAGCUGGUGAAAUGAAGUGGUAGAAUGUUCUAUUUGAGCAGAUAUAAAAUGAAUAUUUGAGAUAUGAAAGAUAUGAAAUGAAUAUUUGAGAUAAGAAAUCAUGUGUUUAUGUUGAAGACUAUCUUUUCUUGUGGAUUAUUAAUGGUGGUUAUUUGAGCCAUUUUGUUGACAAGAUGGCAUCUUAUGGCUGAUUUUUAUAGCAUCCUUGUAUCUAAGUGAAGAAAUUAUAAUGGACAAUUAUUCCACAGAAGAAUACAGGAUAUCAUACAGCCCUAAAUAAAUAUUAAUUGCAUCAUAUUGUUUUAGAUAUUAAGCAUGUCCAAGGAAAUGAAGUUCUGCAAUCACUAUAUUUAUUUAGGGCCAUUAAUUUAUUUAUUUCAAUCUAUUAUUAUUCUAUGUCAGA